GCGGAAGCGCGCUCUUUCAAACUCACCGCCCCUCUGUGCAUGGAAGCAGGCCACUUCCGGCGUAGCCAUGGCGGCUAACGCGACCACAAACCCGUCGCAGCUACUACCUCUCGAGCUUGUGGACAAAUGUAUAGGAUCGAGAAUUCACAUUGUGAUGAAGAGUGAUAAGGAAAUUGUUGGCACGCUUCUAGGAUUUGACGACUUUGUCAGUAUCCUUCUAAAAGGUGGUGAUGGGAACAUUGAAAUCACACCGGAAGGAAGAAGGAUUACUAAAUUAGAUCAGAUUUUGCUUAAUGGAAAUAAUAUAACAAUGCUUGUUCCUGGAGGAGAAGGACCUGAAGUAUGAAUGGAUUUCCUUUUCUUAUGCUAGAUUAUGUUUUGUUUUAUAAUGACAAGAAAUUUUUUCCAACCUUUUAGUAUUUGGAUUCUGUAAAGCUAAGUUUCCCGUUAAAGGGAAAUGCUUUGAAAAUGCAUUGUAAAUGCCCGUUUUUGUAAGUUGAUCAUGAUUAUCUUAGAAAAAGAACAGUUUGUUCUUUGAAGACAAAAAUAAAAGUGUUUUUGGUUAA